AUGGAAAUUGCACCAGUGGAUAUGAUUCAGAACACUGUGCAGGUUGGGUCAACCACGGAGGAAGGCUCUGAACUUGACCGCCGCGCCGAGCUCCGGCGCCAAUGGGCUACGUUACGGGAGGAGUGGUCUGACUUCCUUUCACAGCGGCAAUCUGAACAGGAUGCGUUCGUGGAGAAAUUGCUGCAACAGGUGCCCCUCAGCAUCAGCUCAGGCAUCGAGACCCGCAACUCUUCGGAGCUGCCAUCCAUCUCCAAGGCCUUCCUUUCACCAGCUCGUAUUAGUCACCUGUCUUCGAGCACUCCGGAAAUGACCGUGCUGCCAUCCAGCAGACAAGCGUUGCCCAACCCAACUUUCAGGUCAGAAAAGAUGCUCAUGUCAGAUGCGGACCUUGCAGCAGAGGCUGAAUGCCGCAUGAAACAAUUCGUGGAAGAAGAGGACUGA